GGGGUCCUGGUUAGAAAGCGGCAUGCCGGGCUUCUGCAAGGCCGAUGCGGCCACCAGCUUUCUGAGGGCAGCUCGAUCUGGCAACUUGGACAAGGCUCUGGACCACUUGCGGAAUGGGGUGGACAUUAACACUUGCAACCAGAAUGGGUUGAAUGGCCUGCAUCUGGCCUCUAAAGAAGGCCAUGUGAAGAUGGUGGUUGAACUUCUGCACAAAGAAAUCAUUCUAGAAACAACAACCAAGAAGGGGAACACUGCUCUGCACAUUGCUGCCCUGGCUGGUCAGGAUGAGGUGGUCCGGGAGCUGGUCAACUAUGGCGCCAAUGUCAAUGCCCAGUCUCAGAAAGGCUUCACACCCCUGUACAUGGCAGCUCAAGAGAAUCACUUGGAAGUAGUUAAGUUUUUACUGGAAAAUGGAGCCAAUCAGAAUGUAGCCACAGAAGAUGGCUUCACUCCCCUGGCCGUGGCUUUGCAGCAGGGCCAUGAGAAUGUGGUAGCCCACCUCAUCAACUACGGGACAAAAGGGAAGGUGCGCCUCCCAGCCCUUCACAUCGCUGCCCGAAAUGAUGACACGAGGACAGCUGCAGUGCUCCUGCAGAAUGACCCCAACCCAGAUGUGCUUUCCAAGACGGGAUUUACUCCCCUCCAUAUUGCAGCUCACUAUGAGAACCUCAAUGUGGCCCAGCUGCUCCUCAACAGGGGGGCCAGCGUCAACUUCACACCACAGAACGGCAUCACACCAUUGCACAUCGCCUCCCGCAGGGGGAAUGUGAUCAUGGUGCGGCUCCUACUGGACCGGGGGGCCCAGAUAGAAACAAGGACCAAGGAUGAAUUGACACCUCUCCACUGUGCAGCUCGGAAUGGGCACGUGCGAAUCUCAGAGAUCCUGCUAGACCAUGGGGCACCCAUCCAAGCCAAAACCAAGAAUGGCUUGUCCCCAAUUCACAUGGCGGCUCAGGGAGACCACCUUGACUGUGUCCGACUCCUGUUGCAAUACAAUGCAGAGAUAGAUGACAUCACCCUGGACCAUCUGACCCCACUUCAUGUGGCAGCCCACUGUGGUCAUCACAGAGUGGCCAAGGUCCUUUUGGACAAAGGAGCCAAGCCAAACUCCAGGGCCCUCAAUGGCUUUACCCCUUUACACAUUGCCUGUAAGAAGAACCACAUUCGUGUCAUGGAGCUGCUGCUGAAGACUGGAGCCUCCAUUGAUGCCGUCACAGAGUCUGGCCUGACACCUCUCCACGUGGCCUCCUUCAUGGGACACCUUCCCAUCGUGAAGAACCUCUUGCAGCGAGGGGCAUCGCCCAACGUCUCCAACGUGAAAGUGGAGACUCCGCUACACAUGGCAGCCAGAGCAGGGCACACAGAAGUGGCCAAGUAUUUGCUCCAGAACAAAGCCAAAGUCAAUGCCAAGGCCAAGGACGACCAGACCCCGCUUCACUGUGCUGCCCGAAUUGGCCACACAAACAUGGUAAAGCUCCUGUUGGAGAAUAACGCCAGCCCCAACCUGGCCACUACUGCUGGCCACACACCCCUGCACACUGCAGCUCGAGAAGGCCACAUGGACACAGCCCUGGCCCUUCUAGAGAAGGAUGCAUCCCAGGCCUGCAUGACCAAGAAAGGAUUUACCCCUCUCCAUGUGGCUGCUAAGUAUGGGAAGGUUAGGGUAGCUGAGCUGCUGCUGGAACGUGAUGCACAUCCCAACGCUGCUGGAAAAAAUGGACUGACCCCCCUGCAUGUGGCUGUACAUCACAACAACCUGGACAUCGUCAAGCUGCUGCUUCCCCGGGGUGGCUCCCCACACAGCCCUGCUUGGAAUGGCUAUACUCCCUUGCAUAUUGCUGCCAAACAGAACCAGAUGGAAGUGGCUCGCAGUCUACUCCAGUACGGGGGAUCAGCAAAUGCAGAGUCUGUACAAGGCGUGACCCCCCUUCACCUAGCUGCCCAAGAGGGUCAUGCAGAGAUGGUUGCCCUGCUCCUCUCCAAGCAAGCCAAUGGAAACCUGGGAAACAAGAGUGGACUGACUCCUCUCCAUCUGGUAGCACAAGAAGGUCAUGUUCCAGUGGCAGAUGUGCUGAUCAAACACGGGGUUUCAGUAGAUGCCACCACCCGAAUGGGUUACACCCCACUCCAUGUGGCCAGUCAUUAUGGAAAUAUCAAGCUGGUGAAGUUUUUGCUACAGCACCAAGCUGAUGUCAACGCCAAGACCAAGCUUGGAUAUAGCCCCCUGCACCAAGCAGCGCAGCAAGGACACACAGACAUUGUAACGCUGCUGCUCAAGAAUGGCGCUUCCCCAAACGAGGUCAGCUCGAACGGAACCACACCUCUGGCAAUAGCCAAGCGUUUGGGCUACAUUUCUGUCACAGAUGUGCUGAAAGUUGUCACGGAUGAAACCAGCGUAGUGUUAGUCAGUGACAAGCACCGGAUGAGUUACCCUGAGACGGUGGAUGAGAUUCUGGAUGUCUCUGAAGAUGAAGGGGAAGAGCUUGCUGGCUCCAAGGCUGAGAGGCAGGACUCCAGGGAUGUGGAUGAAGAGAAGGAGCUGCUGGAUUUUGUGCCAAAGCUAGACCAAGUGGUGGAGUCUCCAGCCAUUCCCAGGAUUCCCUGUGUCACGCCUGAGACAGUAGUGAUCCGAUCUGAGGAGCAAGAACAGGCUUCUAAGGAGUACGAUGAGGACUCACUCAUCCCCAGCAGCCCAGCUACAGAAACCUCAGACAAUAUCAGCCCUGUGGCAAGCCCCGUCCACACAGGGUUUCUAGUGAGCUUCAUGGUUGAUGCCCGGGGUGGCUCCAUGAGAGGAAGUCGGCACAAUGGCCUGAGAGUGGUGAUCCCACCUCGGACAUGUGCAGCACCCACACGCAUCACUUGCCGCCUGGUCAAGCCCCAGAAGCUGAACACGCCGCCCCCACUGGCUGAGGAGGAGGGCUUGGCCAGCAGGAUCAUUGCAUUGGGACCCACAGGAGCUCAGUUCCUGAGCCCUGUGAUUGUGGAGAUCCCUCACUUUGCCUCCCAUGGCCGUGGGGAUCGUGAACUUGUGGUUCUAAGGAGUGAAAACGGAUCUGUGUGGAAGGAACACAAGAGCCGCUACGAAGAAAGCUAUUUGGAUCAGAUCCUCAAUGGCAUGGAUGAAGAGCUGGGCAGUCUGGAGGAGCUGGAGAAGAAGAGGGUCUGCCGCAUCAUCACCACUGACUUCCCCUUGUACUUCGUAAUCAUGUCGAGGCUCUGCCAAGACUACGAUACCAUCGGCCCUGAAGGGGGCUUUUUGAAGAGCAAGCUGGUGCCCCUGGUGCAGGCAACAUUCCCAGAAAAUGCUGUCACCAAGAAAGUGAAGCUGGCCCUGCAGGCCCAGCCUGUUCCUGAUGAGCUGGUCACUAAGCUCCUGGGUAACCAGGCCACAUUCAGCCCCAUUGUCACUGUGGAACCAAGGCGCCGGAAGUUUCACCGUCCCAUCGGGCUUCGAAUCCCACUCCCUCCCUCAUGGACCGACAACCCAAGGGAUAGCGGGGAGGGAGAUACCACCAGCCUGCGUCUGCUGUGCAGUGUCAUUGGCGGAACUGACCAGGCCCAGUGGGAAGAUAUAACGGGAACAACCAAGCUUGUGUAUGCUAACGAGUGCGCCAACUUUACCACCAACGUCUCUGCCAGGUUUUGGCUUUCAGACUGUCCUCGAACUGCUGAGGCUGUGAACUUUGCCACUCUGUUGUACAAAGAGCUUACCGCAGUACCCUACAUGGCCAAGUUUGUCAUUUUUGCCAAAAUGAAUGAUCCCCGGGAAGGGCGGCUGCGCUGCUACUGCAUGACAGAUGACAAGGUGGACAAGACCCUUGAGCAGCAUGAGAACUUCGUGGAGGUGGCCCGGAGCAGGGACAUCGAGGUUCUAGAAGGAAUGCCCCUGUUUGCAGAACUCUCUGGGAACCUGGUCCCUGUCAAGAAAGCUGCCCAGCAACGAAGCUUCCACUUUCAGUCAUUUCGAGAGAAUCGUUUGGCCAUCCCUGUCAAGGUGAGGGACAGCAGUCGGGAGCCCGGAGGUUUCCUGUCAUUCCUGAGGAAGGCAAUGAAGUACGAGGAUGCGCAGCACAUCCUGUGCCACCUCAACAUCACCAUGCCUCCUUGCACCAAGGGAAGUGGAGCUGAGGAUAGGAGAAGGACCUUGACACCCCUGUCUCUAAGAUACAGCAUUCUCAGCGAGUCACCUCUGGGUUUUCCCAGUGGGACUGACAAAGCAGAUAUGAAGAUGGCUGUCAUAACAGAGCACCUUGGCCUUAGUUGGGCAGAGUUGGCCCGGGAACUGCAAUUCAGUGUAGAAGACAUCAACAGGAUCCGAGUAGAGAACCCUAAUUCCUUGUUGGAGCAAAGUGCAGCCUUGCUGACCCUCUGGGUUGCCCGGGAAGGCGAAAAUGCGAAGAUGGAGAACCUGUACACUGCCCUGCGGAACAUUGACCGGAAUGAGAUUGUGAACAUGUUGGAGGGCUCUGGCCGACAGAGCCGCAACCUGAAGCCAGAUCGGCGGCACACAGACCGGGACUACUCAUUGUCACCCUCCCAAAUGAAUGGUUACUCCUCGCUGCAGGACGAGCUGCUGUCCCCUGCCUCCCUGCACUACGCGCUUCCCUCUCCGCUGCGUGCAGACCAGUACUGGAACGAGGUGGCCGUCAUAGACGCCAUCCCACUGGCAGCCACGGAGCAUGACACCAUGCUGGAGAUGUCUGACAUGCAGGUGUGGUCUGCCGGCCUCACACCCUCCCUGGUCACUGCUGAGGACUCCUCUCUGGAGUGCAGCAAGGCCGAGGACUCUGACGCCACACAAGAGUGGAAGUUGGAGGGGGCGCUCUCAGAGGAGCCGCAAGGCCCGGAGAUGGGCUCUCAGGACCUUGUGGAGGACGACACAGUGGAUUCAGAUGCUACAAAUGGCCUUGCCGAUUUGCUUGGCCAAGAGGAAGGUCAGAGGUCAGAAGAGAAGAGGCAGGAGGACUCAGGUGCAGGGCGGGACUCAGAGACUGAAGUGUCUCUUGUUUCAGGCCAACAGAGGGCGCAUGCCCGAAUCACAGACUCGCCGAUCGUGAGUAAGGUGCUGGAAAGGAGCCAGGACAGAGCACAGGACUGGGAUAGACAAAGCUCUAUGGUCUCUCACCUGCAAGAUGUCACACAAAGCCCCUGGCAAGAGGAGAUUAUACAAGGCCCACACUCACUCCAGAGAAAGAUCACCACUGUUCAACGGCUGGAGCCCAGUGGGCCUCAGGAAUAUGAGAAGGUGCUGGUAUCUUCAAGGGAGCUUGUGAGGAUGGAGCAGCCUGAGCCUUCUAGCAUCCAGGCAAGCAGGGAACACAACCUCCGAGGCCCUGGAGAGUGGCUGCAGGCGGCCGGGAACACCUUCUCCCGGGAAAUACAGGGAAAUGAGCUUCAGAAUAUUCCAGGUGAGCAGGUGACAGAGGAACAAUUCACAGAUGAGCAGGGCAACAUUGUCACCAAGAAGAUCAUUCGCAAGGUCGUUCGGCAGGUGGACUCAUCUGGCCCUGAUGACACCCAGCAACAUGAGGAGGUGAUUGUUGAGGGGCCCCUGGAGGACCCUAGUGAACUGGAGGCCGAUAUUGAGUAUUUUAUGAGACACUCCAAGGUGGAGCUGAGAGGGAGUGGCCUACAGCCGGAUCUGAUAGAGGGCAGGAAAGGGGCUCAGAUAGUGAAGCGGGCCAGCCUGAAAAGGGGCAAACAGUGA